GUUUCCGGUGGCUCGUCGCGGUCGCUCCCUCCAGCUGCAGCCACUCUCGCCCGUGGCUGCUUCCUCCAUCCUGGUAUUUUUUGGAGCCUCCAUCCUGGUUCUUCCAAAGUGCCCGGACCCAAAACAGGAAAGUAUUGUAGAAAUAGGAACAUGGGGGGAAAACAAUCUGGAUAACAUGAAAGUGAUGCUUGUGGCUAAGGGAAGGCGACUUGAUUCUGUGGGAAGGGCUAUAGCUGAUCCAUCCGUUGUUCAGAUUUGAGUAUGAGCACAGUUGAAGAGGAUUCUGACACAGUAACAGUAGAAACUGUGAACUCUGUGACUUUGACUCGGGACACGGAAGGAAACAUCAUUCUUCAUUGUCCUCAGAAUGAUGCUGAUGAAAUAGAUUCAGAAGAUAGUACUGAACCUCCACAUAAAAGAAUUUGUUUGUCUUCUGAGGAUGAUCAGAGUAUUGAUGAUUCUACUCCUUGCAUAUCAGUUGUUGCACUUCCACUUUCAGAAAAUGAUCAGAGCUUCGAGGUAACCAUGACUGCAACCACAGAGGUGGCAGAUGAUGAGAUUACUGAAGGAACUGUUACACAAAUCCAGAUUCUACAGAAUGAGCAAUUAGAUGAAAUAUCUCCCUUGGGUAAUGAAGAAGUUUCAGCAGUUAGCCAAGCAUGGUUUACAACUAAAGAAGAUAAAGAUUCCCUAACUAACAAAGGACAUAAAUGGAAGCAGGGGAUGUGGUCCAAGGAAGAAAUUGAUAUUUUGAUGAGCAAUAUUGAACGCUAUUUGAAGGCACGUGGAAUAAAAGACGCUACAGAAAUCAUCUUUGAGAUGUCAAAAGAUGAAAGAAAAGAUUUCUACAGGACAAUAGCAUGGGGUCUGAACCGGCCUUUGUUUGCAGUUUAUAGAAGAGUGCUUCGCAUGUAUGAUGACCGAAACCAUGUGGGAAAAUAUACACCUGAAGAAAUUGAAAAGCUCAAGGAGCUCCGGAUAAAGCAUGGCAAUGACUGGGCAACAAUAGGUGCGGCGCUAGGAAGAAGUGCGUCUUCCGUCAAAGAUCGGUGCCGAUUGAUGAAGGAUACUUGCAACACAGGGAAGUGGACAGAAGAAGAAGAAAAGAGACUUGCAGAAGUGGUUCAUGAACUGACAAGCACUGAGCCAGGUGACAUAGUCACACAGGGUGUGUCUUGGGCAGCUGUGGCUGAACGAGUAGGUACUCGCUCAGAAAAGCAGUGUCGCUCUAAAUGGCUCAACUACUUGAACUGGAAGCAGAGUGGGGGUACCGAGUGGACCAAGGAAGAUGAAAUCAAUCUCAUCCUCAGGAUAGCAGAGCUUGACGUUGCUGAUGAGAAUGACAUAAACUGGGAUCUCCUAGCAGAGGGAUGGAGCAGUGUCCGUUCACCACAAUGGCUUCGCAGUAAAUGGUGGACCAUCAAAAGGCAGAUUGCAAAUCAUAAAGAUGUUUCAUUCCCCGUUUUAAUAAAAGGUCUUAAACAGUUACAUGAGAACCAAAAAAACAACCCAGCGCUUUUCGAAACUAAAUCGGGACCUGGAGUUCCAAACAGUAGCUCCAACUCCAAUGUACAGCAUGUUCAGAUCAGAGUCGCCCGCUUAGAAGAAAAUACAGCUCUCUCUCCAAGCCCUGUGACAGCACUGCAGAUUCCAGUCCAGAUCACCCAUGUUUCUUCAAAUGACUCUCCUGCGGCUACUGUUGACUCAGAAACCAUAACACUAAACAGUGGAACACUACAGACGUUUGAGAUUCUCCCAUCUUUCCACUUGCAGCCCACUGGCACUCCAGGCACCUAUCUACUUCAGACCGGCUCAAGCCAAGGCCUGCCCCUCACUCUGACUGCUAGUCCCACAGUAACCCUGACUGCCGCUGCUCCUGCUUCUCCUGAACAGAUCAUUGUUCAUGCUCUAUCUCCAGAACAUCUGUUGAACACGAGUGACAAUGUCACAGUGCAGUGUCACACACCAAGGGUCAUCAUUCAGACUGUUGCCACAGAGGAUAUUACUUCUUCCAUAUCCCACACAGGAUUGACCAUAGAUGGUGAUACCCAGUCAUCUGAUUUUCCUGAGCCUCCGGAUGCACUAGAAGCAGAUACAUUCCCAGGUGCAAUCCAUCAGCCUAAAGUGACUGUGGAGCCAUCAUUUAAUGAUGCUCAUGUAUCUAGAUUCAGUGAUCAAAAUAGCACAGAACUGAUGAAUAGCGUUAUGGUCCGAACAGAAGAAGAAAUCUCUGAUACUGACCUUAAACAAGAAGCAGACUCACCCUCUAAUUUAGCCAGUGCUUAUGUUACUGAGGAUUUAGAAUCUCCUACCAUAGAAGAACACGUUGACCAAACAACAAUUGAUGAUGAAACAAUACUAAUUGUACCUUCACCACAUGGCUUUAUCCAGGCAUCCGAUGUUAUAGAUUCUGUCCUGCCUUUGACAACACUAACAGAUCCUAUACUUCAGCAUCAUCCAGAAGACUCACGUAUCAUUGAAUCAUCUUUGUGCAGUCCUAUUUCAGAAGACUCAAAGGAUGCUGAGGACUUGGUAAACUGUCAGUAG